AUGCUCAGGUCAUUCACUGUUUUCUGCUUCUGUCCUACUCAGGUAACUGGAGACAAAUCUCUUCCAAAGUCAAUGAAUGAGACAAAUCGUUCUCAGGUGAUGGAAUUUGUGUUGCUGGGACUCUCUGGUUCCAAGGAGCUCCAACCUUUCUUGUUUCUCAUAUUUUCACUACUCUACCUAGCAAUACUCCUGGGGAACUUUCUCAUCAUCCUCACGGUGAACUCCGACGCCCGCCUUCAUACCCCCAUGUACUUUCUGCUUGCAAACCUGUCUUUCAUAGAUGUGUGUGUUGCCUCUUUCGCUACCCCCAAAAUGAUUGCAGACUUUCUGGUUGAGCAUAAGACUAUCUCUUUCAAAGGUUGCUUAGCCCAGAUUUUCUGUGUUCAUCUUUUUGCAGGUGGUGAAAUGGUUAUGCUUGUGUCUAUGGCCUAUGAUCGCUAUGUGGCUAUAUGCAAGCCUCUCCACUACAUGACAAUCAUGAGCCGCCGUGUGUGCAUUAUUCUCGUCAUUAUCUCUUGGUGUGUGGGCUUCAUUCAUACUACUAGCCAGUUGGCCUUUACUGUCAACUUACCUUUCUGUGGUCCUAAUCAGGUUGACAGCUUUUUCUGUGAUCUCCCUUUAGUGACCAAGCUUGCCUGUACAGACACUUAUGUUAUCAGCUUACUAAUAGUAGCAGACAGUGGCUUUCUUUCCCUGAGUUCCUUUCUCCUCCUGGUUGUCUCCUACACUGUGAUACUUGUUACAGUCAGGAAACGCUCCUCUGCGAGCAUGGCGAAGGCCCGCUCCACCCUGACUGCUCACAUCACUGUGGUCACACUCUUCUUUGGACCAUGCAUUUUUAUUUAUGUGUGGCCCUUCAGCAGUUAUUCAGUGGACAAAGUUCUUGCUGUGUUCUAUACCGUCUUUACUCCCAUUUUAAACCCCGUUAUCUACACUCUGAGGAACAAAGAAGUGAAGGCAGCUAUGUCGAAAUUGAAGAGUCGUUAUCUAAAGGCUGGCCAGGUUUCUGCACUCAUGGGGAAUGUUCUUCUCCCAGAAUCAUAA